GAAAGUGGGGGACGGUCGGAUCAGUUGUGCCACGUUCUAGAUCGCAUAUAACCGGUCGAUGUGGGCCCAGAUCUGGCCGAAUCUCCCGGUCUCAGAUCACACCUUUUGGUGCUCAAAUGUUAGGGGUGGCGGGCUUAAAUUUCCGCACAGCUGAUCUAGGACAGAUUGUCAUUCAGGGAAGGUCAGUGUUGCUCACCAGAUCGACCCUCGUUGCCUGUGCCCGCUACUACCUGGUCUGCAAUCUGUACAAGUGCAAUGGUUGCUGUACUGUCUGCCGUAUCAUUCUGAUGCAGUAUGGUUGCUUUGGCGAGAGUUUCUGGACGAGGGUGAGCGAUUGUGUUAGUGCCGGCAGCACUGUGUCUGAUACUGAGGCAACGUUGACAAAGAGGCGGCUGCGUUUGUCAGAUUCCGUCAGUUGGUUGCUUCGAACAGUGCGUUUUAGUUUGAUCGAUGUGCUGCGCGGCAGCGGAUCAGCUUAAGUGGGUGGAGCUGUGUGGGUUUCGUCCUUCCUCCUGUUAGAGAAAACUGCGCACGGCGAGGUCGAGCGUUAACAA